GGGUCGGGGGGCUCCCGCGGCGGCCAUGAAGAGGAUGUUCUCCUGCUCCAGCUCGCAGGUGACGAUGGAGAGCUGGACGCGGCAGGACCAGAAGCUGCUGGAGGCGGUGACACGCGGGGACGUGGCCCGGGUGGCCGCGCUGGCCGCCCGCAAGGCCGCCCGCCCCGCCAAGCUCAACGCCCGGGGACAGUCCGCGCUCCACCUGGCCGCGGCCGGGGGUCUCACCGAGUGCCUGACGCUGCUGCUGGAGCACGGAGCGCCCGUCAACGAGACCAACGAUGACGGCAGCACCGCCCUGCACUUGGCCACCAUCGCCUGCCAGCCCCAGUGCGUGAAGGUGCUGCUGCAGCAUGGAGCCAACGAGCGCCACGUGGACGGGCAGAACCGGACUCCGCUGCACUGGGCCGCCUCCUCGGGCUGCGCCUCCAGCGUCCUCCUGCUCUGCGACCACGAGGCCCCACUGGAUGUCCCCGACGCUGUGAGUGGGGACGGGGGGACAGCAGGGGGUGACAGGGGACAGCAAGGGCUGAUGGUCACCCCAGUGUCCCCCCAGCACGGCCAGACCCCCCUGAUGCUGGCGGCGCAGGGCAACCACGCGGCCGUUUGUGCUCAGCUCCUGCGGCGCGGGGCCGAGCCCGGGCGGGCCGACAGGGAUGGCAGGACAGCGCUGGAGCUGGCCCUGGCUCACGGCAGCCUGGAAGUGGCCGAGCUGCUGCAGGGCCACCAGAGGGACAAGAAGGACACCGGGAAUGUCACCUGGAAUGUCACCGGGAAGGCCCCGCGUUGGGCUCUCCAGAAGGUCCCACACAGCAGGAGGAGAGAGAACGGUGCUGGGCAGGUGGGAAUGCAGGGGGAGGAGGAGGAGGAGGAGGAGGAGGCUGAGGAGCAGCGGGACGGACGCGCUGCCCGGCGGCUGCGGGAGGAGCUGGCGAGGAAGACUCUGGAAUGCCGGCGGCUGGAGGAAGCUGCCGAGGGCACCCGGCGGCGGCUGCGGGAGCUCGUGCGGCUCCUGCCGGGACGGGACGCGGCUGAGGAUGAGGAGGAGGAUGAGGAGGAUGAGGAGGAUGAGGAGGAUGAGGGCGCCUGCCUGGAGCUCCUGGCCCGGCGCGUGGCGGAGCUGAGGAAGAGGACGAGGGAUGAAGAGCAGGAAGGAGGACAAGGCAGCGCCGAGGCUCCGCUGCUGAUCCCGUUCCUGGCCUGGCUGGGAGAGGAGUGCUCCAAAAUGCGGGAAGCGAAGGUCGGCGCCUCCUCCCGGAGCCAGGAGCUGCGUCGGGAGGCAGAGGAUUCCCUCCGGGCCGGGGCCUGGCAGCAGCUGGCGGCGGGGCUGGAGCAGGCGCUGGAGCAGCAGGACCAGAUCCACGGCAGGAUGCUGCGGGGAUCCCAAAUCCUCCUGGAAAAGCUCCGGCGGGAGCCCGCGGCAGCGUGCCGGUGCGCGGUGCCCGGCUCGGAGCAGCCGAGGGAGGGCGGGAGGAUGGAGAAGGAGCUGCUGGAGCUGCGGGAGGGCAACGGGAAACUCCUGGCGGAGCUGGCGCGGCUGGGCCGGGAGCGGGAGCGGCUGCAGCAGGAGCUGCGGGAGCUGCGGGAUCCCGGGGAGCGGGACGAGGCGCGGCGGCUGCGCCGGGAGCUGCGGGAGCUGCGGGACGGGCUGGGAGCGCGGGUGCGGGAGGCGGGAGGCGACGCCGGGGCCGGAAUCCUCCGGGACCUGCACCGGCGGCUGGACGCGCUGGUGCGCUCCCAGCACGAGGCGCUGCAGCUCAUCACGGAGAUGGAGGGAGAGACCGGAGAAACGCCCGGGAUACCGGCGGAACCGGGGGCCGAUGUCCCGCCGGGCUCGGAGGCGGAGCGGUGGCGGGAGGCGGCGGCGGCGGCCGAGGCGCGGGCGGCCGGGAGGGAGCGGGAGCUGCGGGAGCUGCGGGAGACGGCGGAGGGGUUGCGGGAACGCGCGGCGCGGCUGGAGCGCGCCUGCCGGGACAAGGACGGGAAGCUGAAGCAGCUGCUGGCGGAGACGGAGAAACUCUCGGCUGAAGUGUUGGGGCUGCGGGGCCGCAGCGCCCGGCUCCAGCUCCAGCUGGAGGUCCAGCAGAAGCAGCACCGGGACACCGUGGCCGUGUACCGGAGCCACCUUCUCCAGGCUGCCCAGGGAUUCAUGGAUGAGGGCGUCCACGCCGCGCUGCUGCGGAUCCUGCGGGCCGAGGCGGGAGCGGGGCCGUGCCAUUAAACCGGGAAUCCGCCACCCACGCGUGGCCUGCCUCCCA